UUCAACGUAUGGACAGCUGGUAUUAAAAUGAUUUCAUAUUAUAUUUCACUUAAUUUUAUUUUAUUUGUGAGUGCCCAAAAUGAGCUUUAUAAAGGAUACAAAGUGUAUAAUAUCAAAUUCAACUCGGAACAACAACAAAACACAUUUAAAACGUUGAAUAAUGGCGUCAUUGACUUUUGGAGGGCGCCAUGUUUCAAACAUGGCGUUGUUGGUCAAGCGAUGGUGCCACCAACACACGUUGAUUGGUGGGAAGAUAUAUUACAGGAUUUAGGAGUAGAAAGGGAGAUUUGGGUAGAAGACGUGUAUGGUUAUUUGGCGAAUUCCAAUAUAAUUAAAUUAAGUGAGGACACAUUCGAUUUCAACGGUUAUUACAGGUAUGAAAAAAUUCUAGAAUACAUGCAGAAAUUGGAACUGGAGCACCAAAAUUCACCAAAUUUUAAUGUUGAGUUGAUAAAUGGAGGCAGUACAGAUGAAGGACGACCACUCGUGUAUAUUAAACUUAGCAGAACUUCAUCAGCUCCAAAGCCAGUUGUAAUCAUAGAAGGAGGAAUAAAUCCUAGAGAAUGGAUAACAGUACCCGCGGCAUUAAAUGUAGUUGAUAAACUUAUCGAACAGGAAAGAUUUUUGGAUAAUUUUGAUUGGAUAAUCGCGCCAGUUGUAAAUCCCGAUGGAUAUGAAUAUACACAUACAAAUCUUCGGUUUUGGAGUAAAAACAGAAGUAUACGCAGCAAUCUUGGAGCCAUUUGCCCUGGAGUCAACAUCAACCGCAAUUUUGAUAUCGACUGGGGUGUUUCUAGUGCAAGCUCAAGUCCUUGUAGCCACAUAUACGCUGGUAUAGAACCAUUUUCAGAACCGGAGUCUCGCUUCCUUAAAUCAAUACUUGAAGAAUAUAAGGAGACAUUAACUUUGUAUUUCUCUUUGCAAAAUACAGGAGGUUUUUUAGCGUAUCCUUGGCAUUAUGAGAAAGCUGCAAGUGGAAUGUUUCGGCAGCAUUAUCUGCUUGGUCUUGAUAUGAUCAAGGCAAUGGGAGACAAUUAUACGCAAGAUGUUGGUUCCAUAGCAUAUGGAGAUAGAAUAUCUGGUACUAGUUCAGAUUAUAUGGCUAUUAACGAAGUACUCUAUGCUUUCAAUAUUGAUGCAGCACCAAGAGGUAGUGAAGGUGUCGAAGUAGCUGUAGAAGAUAUAGGAAUAUUUAUUGAUAAAGUUUGGCAAGCCAUACGCAUUGCUGCUAACAAUUUUAUUCCAUAAAAUUAUGUUGAUUCUCUGUGCUUGUUCAAUAGUAUGUUUAAUAGUAAUGAACAUCCUGAUCGUUUUGUUAAAUCUGGAAAAUUAGAAAUAGAGCUGUUCGAAGUUUUAUAAAUAAGUCAUAACGGUCAUUUAUUUUCUUAAAAUUGAUUCCUAUACAUUUCUUAUGAAAUUUAAACAUUCAUGAGAAAAACUGAGGACACGAGCAACGGAGCAAGAUGUUUGCUGAUUUUAAAUGAUACGUCCAGUCUAUAACAAUAUCGUUGCAUUACAUACAAGGCCAUACAGCCGUAUUCGUUAUUUAAUAAUUAAUUGUCAAAGCCAUCUUUGCAAGAUAUUUACAAUAUUGUUAUUUCUACAAGCGAACGUAGAAUAGUAGAAGGAAUAAAUAUUUAUAAGGAUUUUUGCUUUCUUACGUCAAAGAAGUAAAACUUCUUUUUAUUAUUUUUUUAUAUGCUCACUUUGCAAAUAAGACAGUUCAAACUGCUGUGGUUAAUACAUUUUUAUAAGCUACCAACUAUAGAACUUUCUUUCCCCUGUUUCAUUCCCACAAAGUUCUAAAUUUUUAAAAAGCUAGAACAAAUAUUUAUUUAUUUCUUAUCAUGUGGCUGAAUACAAAUAUUCAUGGUGUUAUCUUCGGUAGUGACGAACUUUCAUACAAACUUCUACCCCUAUUUCAACCCCGCCAAGCCUUUUAUUCGCGAUAAAAGGUAGCCUAUGUCCUUUCUUAAGGUCUUGUCUAUCCCUGUAUGAAAUUUGUGAUUGCCUAAGAAGCAAAGUAACAUUCACAUUUAUAAUAACAUAAUUAAGUUUCUCUCUCACUAGCUACAGCGCCUUAACUUAAACACAUUAAUGCUUGGCGACUGAAACAGUUCAUUCGCCACAUGAUUUUUUUUUUUAUAUUUUAAAAGUGAACAAACAGUGCAAGAAACUCACCUACAAAGAUUGAAAAAUGUAUAAAACUGAGCUAAGAGCAUUGAAACCUCAAAAAGAUUCCAUAAAACUAUUAAUGCUACAAAUCCGAAGCACAAUCUCACAAAUGGGUUUACCUUUGCGGUAUCAUAAGAUUGAUUGUCUAUUAUUGAAAUUUGAUUCUCGCCUUUGUGGGAAAAAUCUCAUUUUAAAAUUCACCGGAAUUCCCGAUCGCUUGAAUUUAAUAUCGCAAAAGAACCGAUUAUAUCCAAUCGGUAUUCCAUUAUGUUUGGGAUUUUAUUUGAAAAUUAGAUACACUGAUAUUGGUUCUAUUUGGUACCAAAUCUUGAAGAAGAAAAGCUAUAUGUGUAACUUUUAUUCUUUAUGUAUAAGUAUAAUAUUAACUGAAAAUCCAGAAUGGAGAAAGUAUUUGAUUCUACGUGAAUGCUUUCACAUUGUAAAUCCCUACUAAUAUUAUAAAUGUGAAUGUAAGUUUGUUUGUUACACUUUUAUGUCGAAGCUACUGAACCGAUUUGGAUGAAAUUUGGUACAGCGAUAGACUAGAGCUUGGGAAAGGACAUAGACUACAUUUUAUCCCGGAAAAAUCCAAAGUUCCCGCGGGAUUUAUGAAAAACUGAAAUUUACUUCGAUGAGCUACAGCAGGUUUAUUUUGCCAUAGAAAUCUUCCUCGAAAUAGGAUACAUAUGAAAUGUUGGAACGGGAAUAGGAUAUGAGAUAAUCUUCAAUUGAAAAGUUACUUAUUUUAAAAUACCCGUUAUCUACGCCGACGAAGUCGCGGGAAUCAGCUAGUACUACCAUAAAGAUGAAAGUUAUAUAAAUAUAUUAUAUAAAUAUAUAAAAAUAAUUUACAUACAUGAUAUUGGUUUUUUCUUCUGAAAAUUUUUGUAACAAAAGUCUAUAAAUUAUUGUCUUACAAUAUAAAAUCUGCUGUAUUUAUAAUAUAUAGUAUAGUAAAUUGAAAUUUCAA